AUGUCUAUUCAUAUUAAUGUCCCUCGCGCUGAAAUCGACUCAGCAAUAGAAAAGCUUGUCUCUGAAACCUUUGCUGGUGAUUUUAAGAAGGAUUCCUUCUCAAGACUAAACGCAAUAAUUACUAAUAAAACUAUUGAAAUAGUUUCUACAAUUCUCACUGAAAAGAACCCAAACUUACAGUCCCCUAAAGUAAUUGUUACGGCAACCACGCGCGAGGUUUUGAAUCAAGAAAGUCGAGAUGAAGUCAUUCAAACAAGUGUUGCAGCUAAAAUAUCACCAAAAACUGAUGGUGUUAUUUCUUUUAAUUAUAAACCUCGUCCAGAUAUAGACAUUUUACUUACCGUGAUUUAUAUCACAUCUAUUGAGCAUUAA